UAUGGUCCCUUCCAUCUUAGCGUAAGGCAAUGCGAAAAUCUCUAUUAAACGAAUAAGGAAAUUACAUUGAGUAGCUGUUUCGAUCUUCCAAGUUCUGUGCACAUACCAACUGCCCCUCGAAAACCUCUGGGUGUAGGUAUUAUUAACCCUUUUUAACGGAAAAAUUGGGAAAGUCAGCGAAAGUUGUUUAGUCAAAGGGAUCAGACUGGAGUGAUUUCUUCAAGGCCAGGGAAUGAGUCAGUGUCAAAGGCAAGAUUAAAACAAAGAUUAUAUUAAAUUCCGGCCAAAAGUGAGCCAUCACAAAAUUAAUCUUAUACAAUAUUUUAACAAUCAAGUAAAGAUGGCAUCUGUUCUUUUGUUAAACAUAUUUUUCACGCCUGCUGACGUAUUUAGCCAUUACCUCCUCACAAAUAAUACCUAGGCUGCAAAUAAGGACCCCACAGACCCCUAUUUACAUCCCAUUCACAUGUGCAAGCCCUUGGCGUUCCCCCACCCUCUGCUGACUAGGAGGGAGCUGGCUAUUCUUGCAGCUCUUGUUGUCUUGGGACUCUUGGCAGAAGUUCAAUGAGCAGCACCAGCAGCAGGCGGCCAGAGAAGAGGGCGCCCAGCGCGCAGGCGCUCGGAGGCACUGUCGAAGAAUCGAGUCACUGGAGCAGAGCGCACAGGCGGCGGCUGCUGUUGCUGCUGGAGUCCCCGCCCCAGUGCGAGCGCCCGGGCUGCAGUAGGGAGCAAGCGGGGCAGGCGGAGUGAGCAGCGCGCUGGAGUAGGCAGCCGAGGGUGCCGCGACGGGGCUAUGCGCUUGCCCUAGUCUCAGUGACUUCCACGCUCGCUGGGGGCCGCUUGUUUGCAGCGGGCGGAAGAUCUUGCGGCAGCUGCAGAGCCCGGAGCCUGCCCGCUUGGUCUCUGGUUGCAGGAGGAGGAGGAGGACGCGCGGGGGGCGCUCGCUGCCCCUGGGCUGGGACAUGUCGUCCGCGGCGGUGGCGGCUGCUUCCCGCAGGCAGUCGUGCUACCUGUGCGACCUGCCCCGCAUGCCCUGGGCCAUGAUCUGGGACUUCACCGAGCCCGUCUGCCGGGGCUGCGUCAACUACGAGGGGGCUGACCGGGUGGAGUUCGUCAUCGACACGGCGCGGCAGCUCAAGUCUGAUUGCUUUUUUUUUUCUUGUGCAUUUCCUCCUCUCCAUUUCUUUGCAUCUCUAGGGGCUCGGGCAUCAAGGAAAAGGAAGCCGUCCCCAGAACCAGAAGGUGAAGCUGGACCCCCUAAGAUCAAUGGAGAAUCACAGCCCUGGUUGCCAACAUCAUCAGAGGGGAUGAAAAUGUCCAUGACUGCUACAUCUUUCAUGUCCCCCCCUCCACCAACUGCCUCGCCUCAUUCCAACAGGACCACACCGCCUGAAGCAGCCCAGAAUGGCCAAUCCCCUAUGGCUGCGCUCAUUUUAGUAGCAGACAAUGCAGGGGGCAACCACUCCUCCAAAGAUGCCAACCAAGUUCACUCCACUACCAGGAGAAACAGCAACAGCCCGCCCUCUCCGUCCUCUAUGAACCAAAGAAGGCUGGGUCCAAGCAGGGAGGUGCCAAGUCAAGGGACAAACACUGCUGGGGGAUUGGAGCCAGUGCAUCCUGCCAGCCUCCCGGACUCAUCUCUAGCAGCCAGUGUUCCCUUGUGCUGCACCCUGUGCCACGAGCGGUUGGAAGACACCCAUUUUGUUCAGUGCCCCUCUGUCCCUUCCCACAAGUUCUGUUUCCCUUGCUCCAGACAAAGCAUCAAACAACAAGGAGCUAGUGGCGAGGUAUAUUGUCCCAGUGGGGAGAAAUGCCCCCUGGUGGGCUCCAAUGUCCCUUGGGCUUUCAUGCAGGGGGAGAUUGCAACCAUUCUUGCAGGAGAUGUGAAAGUGAAAAAAGAGAGAGACUCGUGACUUUUUCCAGUUUCACAACCCAACGGUCACCUAUAACUAAAACUGCUUGAAUUAUGUAUAUAUCUAUAAAUAUCUAUAAAUAUAUAUAUAUCUCCAAGACAAGGGAAAUGUAGACUUCAUAAAACAUGGCUGUAUAAUUUUGAUUUUUUGAAUACAUUGUGUUUCUAUAUUUUUUUGAAGACAAAAGGUAUGUACUUAAAGGCAUUUCCUCUUUUUUGUUAUAGCAACUAUUUGUUGUGCUUCCUUGGUGACAGUUACUGUUCAGUGUAGGCUGUGACUUGCGCUGCUUUUUUUAGAGAGCACUUGGCAAACAGAAAUGCUUCUAGCUGUAUUUGUAUGCACUUGUUUAUUUUUAAAAUGCCAAAUACAUUUUCUGACAUUGUAAAGAUCGCCUUACUGUCUGUGAUUUCUUAUUCUUGGGCCUUGCUCAGAGUCAAGCUGGACGAGUGCAGAUUUGAUAUGAAAUGGCAAUGGCAGAAAAAAUGAGAGGGUGAAAUGGGGUGUCACCAUUACAUCCAAAAGCCAGGUGAAUAUUAGAAAGCACAAGUGGUUUCUUUCUGAAACAUUCUCUUGUUGCAAUAGCAAAUUUUUUAGAUUGAGUCCAAUUCCACUCUGUUUCUUGAAGGACGUUGCCUUCAUAAUAGAAUGUUGAGAGAUGUCUGAGAGGCGCUGCUGAGAUAGGGAUUUCUGGGUUGCUUGCUUUUUUUUGUUUUCUAAAAGGCAAAGUUGACCACAGUUCACGUGAUUGGUUGUAAGAUUACAGAACUGCAUUUAUUCAUUGAUUACAUAAUGUUAAUGCAGAAUUGUGGUAAUAAAAUUAAUCACUGUAUUGGUGUGUACACCAAUAUAGCACUGCCAUCGUUAAAGAUCCAUAGCUCUUUUAGCGCCACUCACAUACUAUAUUAACUAUGAUUGGGGAAAACUAACCUUUUUUUAAUUUGCAUAUAGUGCAGGUGGACUUUGAGUUUGCUUAUCAGUUACUUAUAGUACUGUUGGUAUUGUUACUGUCUCUUAUGUCACAUUUCCAGGUAGUGGCAGGUACAAGAUGGUACAAUGACAGAAGCAGUUGAGAUGCUGCCAGAAUUGCCUUUAGGCAUAUUAGGGACAGCCCACAUGUGGGUGGAGGAAACCUGUAAUAUCUCUGAUGUGUGUUUCUAAAACAAACCUAAUACUACUUUUCUGAAAAUGAAAAAAAAAAAUUAACUUGUGGAAUGAAAGCAAUUAUGAUUUCACAAAAUGAGCAUGCCCCCACCUUUUUAACUAGUUGGACUACUCUUUGUAAAGACAUUUCUUUUGAUCAAGCUUCUGCAUCAGCAAGCAGAUUUUUUUAAAUCAAUAAAUCAUUACUAUAAAUGGUUAAGUCUUAUAGUGAUGUUUUGUCCCUGUUUAGCUCAUUAGCAACACUGCUGUGGUUUUAAAUCCUUAUGUUUAGGUGUGUUUGACUUGGUCAUAAACAGUUGUUCUGAGCAGUAACAUGACUGCAAGUUCUCAUCCCUGGGGCAAAUAGUAUAUGGUUUUUCAAUUUUUUAGGGGGAAAAAAAUCUGUUCAACUAAAACAGUUUUGGGAUGCUUUUAAUCAACUUGUGACUGCUAUUUAAUGCAGAGUAGCUCUUUUUCAGAAGACUUUUUUUUUUAAUGGUCAUUAGUAUUUGAAAAUCAGAACAGCACAUGCACAGUCAUUUUUUGAGUGUUUCAAUGAGCACACCACUAACAUGUUCCUUGUUACAGGUCAAUGUAAUAUUAAAUACAGACUUGCAUGGUAAACCAAUUCAUUGAGUUGAUAUUACGCUUUAAAAUUAUACCUGUAGUUCAAAUUGGUGUCUUAUGUAAAGAUGCAGACAAGUUGGAAAAAACGCACAUAUAUACAACUGUAAAGAAUUCUUUGGAACACUAUGGUCUGUGUAAAUGUGUAUUUAGCACUUUAUUAAAAACAUGGAUUUCAA